CUCAUCCCCACCUUGCUGCUAGUCCCCGCCAGCCAGAGGCGCCCCAGCCCCGCAGGUGAAGAUGGAGGCCAUCAAGAAGAAGAUGCAGAUGCUGAAGUUGGACAAGGAGAACGCCUUGGACCGGGCUGAGCAAGCAGAGGCUGAGCAGAAGCAGGCAGAGGAGAGGAGCAAACAGCUGGAGGAUGAACUGGCGGCCAUGCAGAAGAAGCUGAAGGGGACGGAGGACGAGCUGGACAAAUACUCCGAGGCCCUGAAAGAUGCCCAGGAGAAGCUGGAGCUGGCUGAGAAGAAGGCAGCAGACGCUGAGGCAGAAGUUGCAUCCUUGAAUCGCCGUAUCCAGCUGGUAGAGGAGGAGUUGGACCGAGCCCAGGAGCGUCUUGCCACAGCUCUGCAGAAGUUGGAGGAGGCGGAGAAAGCUGCAGAUGAGAGUGAAAGAGGCAUGAAAGUGAUUGAAAACAGAGCCCUGAAGGAUGAAGAGAAGAUGGAACUGCAGGAGAUCCAGCUCAAGGAGGCCAAGCACAUUGCAGAAGAGGCUGACCGGAAGUAUGAGGAGGUUGCCCGGAAAUUGGUGAUCAUUGAAGGAGACUUGGAGCGCACUGAGGAGAGGGCUGAGCUUGCAGAGUCUAAAUGUUCCGAGCUGGAGGAGGAGCUGAAGAAUGUCACCAACAAUCUCAAGUCUCUUGAGGCUCAGGCUGAGAAGUACUCUCAAAAAGAGGAUAAAUAUGAAGAGGAAAUCAAGAUCCUGACAGACAAACUCAAAGAAGCGGAGACCCGUGCAGAAUUUGCUGAACGAUCAGUAGCCAAACUGGAGAAGACCAUUGAUGACUUGGAAGAGCGCCUGUACAGCCAGCUUGAGAGAAAUCGCCUGCUCGCUAACGAGCUGAAGUUAACGCUGCAUGAUCUGUGUGACUGAGAAGGUGGCCCACUAAUGACCCUAAACAAGCUUAUUAUAAACUGAAAUCCACCAAAGAGGAGCAUCUCUGCACGCAAAGAAUGCUGGACCAGACCCUGCUGGACCUGAACGACAUGUAAAGGAUCCCUGCCAUCGCCUCUGCCCCACCCAGCAAAUGAGCUGCCCUUUAACCCCCAGGGUUACCUUCUCUUGCCAAUUCAACCAAACCAACUUCUGCCAAGUCACCUCAGGGUUAAAGGUCACCAGGUUGGGCGGAGCCUUAAACAGCAUCAUUAAGGGAAAUACAAACAAUGCAAUAAUGUCUGGAGAACGUGUGAGAUGUACACAUUUUGUAACUACCUUUUUUGUAGCAACCAUUGUAAACAUUCCAAAUAACUCUGGGGCUCACAAGCGGCACCUAAAAAAAGCUGUUGGCUUUAAAAUUUGAUAUUAACCUCUUUUGCUCAUCAGCUCUGGUCCCCUUUGCCCCCCUGCCAGGGGGAGGUGGAGCAGUUCUGGUGCUGGGUGUUAAGUUUGAGUAGCCUGGCUAGGAAUGCAGGGAUCCUUUCUGCUGGGCACUAAUGCAUCCUGUCAGAACUGGAACUCUUGCAGGAGCAGCUGGCCCAAAAAAGGGCCUUCAGUUUCUCAGCCUUAAAGUUUCUCUCCUUGCAUGGCAGAGCCGUUGGAGCAAAGAGGAGAUUACUUUCUUUUUUUAAAAAGACCAAACCUGUUCUCUUUGAACACUCAUGAAUGGAAGAAUUAGUCACAUGGGCCUCUUGGCCCUGUGUGCGCCAGUCACUCCCCUUUGGCCAUUGACUAGAGAAGCAGGCAGCCCCUCUAACCCAUUGCUGCCACUGGGUUUGAAUCUGCCUUCACGAAGUGCUAUUGCACUGAGCUUUAUCACUCAUUGCUGAUCAAUUGUAACAGCUCAUGUAUAAAACUGCCUCUUGUGUGAAGAGCUUUGCUUACACUGAGGGGAUCCCUUCAGCCCCCCCGUUACCCAGGAGUGCUCUUAUUGUCUUGAAUCAGGUCCAAGCCACAUUGCAGUGCAUUGUUGAGGUUCUGUUCGUGAGGCACAGUAGUGAGAUCUGCGUGAGGUUUGCAUUGUGUAGCUUAGGCUUGAGAGAGGCUCAUUGGUUGUGGUGGUUUAUGGGGCCAGUUAGAGGACAACCUAUAUCAAGUGUUUUGAUACUAAAAUUGACAACUGUCUUGUAUUGUCUUUUGAAAUAAAAACCAUUCCCGCCAUGCUGGUUUUAGA